UCAUUCUACCAAAGCACAAGAAGAAAACAGGCAGUUUGAUCAUGAAGACGAUAAUCAUACUACUCCUUGUUGUAUCGGCAUUGUUGUGCCUUCAAGCCAAUGGAAGAAGGUCUAUUUUGGAGGAAGGUAAGAAAGAGAAAGCUAACAAUCCGAACAAUUAUCCCGGAAAAUCAAGCACUUAUGGGAAUUCAAAUAGUGCAAUAUCAGUGCCAACAGUUGAUUCCAAUAAUAAUGAGAACAACAACGACGUGAAUAACAAUGACAACGACAAUAACAGUACUGAUGACAACGCUGACGAGAAGAACAAUAGUUAUGGAAAUUACAGUAAUGCUUCUGGAUCAUCUACUGAUACUCACCAUGUUUACCCAGAUGAUUGUCGCCCUCCCCAUUAAAUAUGUUGAUUCUCAAGUGGGAUAUAAUUAAUGUUGUGUGCAUUUAUAGUAUGAGAGGAGAAAAAUGAAAGUGGAAACAUUGUGAUGCCCUAGUUAACUAUGUUGCCUAAGGUUCACAUGUUAUUCCAUGCAUCAAAGUGUUUGUAACAAUAAGAUAAUCAAUGGUUAUGUGUGUGCUCUACCAGUUAAUUGUCUUAUUGUAUAUGAUGAGUGUAUGGCUUGUAGACCUAGUGUGUGCUUGUGUUCAAAACUUCAAAUUGUGUGCAAAUAAAUAAAAAAAAACCACGGGUCUCAUGCA